UAAUGGCUGUGUAUGAAUUUUUGAAGGAAUCUUCAUCCUCCUACGUAUUACUGCUGCUCUUCGUAAUCAGCUUGAUCAUCAGUGUAAUAAUUCCAUAUGUUUGUAGAAGCUUCAAAUGUUGGCAUACUACAGAUCCAAUCCCGACAUGCUGGCCAGUGGUCCGGAUGCUCCCGGCUCUUUUUCACAACUCCCGCCGCCUCCACGAAUUUGCCACCGACAUCCUAAUACUCACCGGCGGCACUUUCAAUAUCAAGGGCCCUUGGUUCGCCAACUCGGAUUUGCUCAUCACGUCCGAUCCGGCCAACAUACACCACAUCCUCAGCAGAAACUUUGCCAACUACCCGAAAGGCCCACAAUUCAGGAAGAUAUUCCAAGUUCUUGGAGACGGGAUUUUCAACGCCGAUUCAGAGAUAUGGGAAUAUCACAGGAAGACUACCAUGUCUUUCUUCAAUCAUGCCCAGUUCGGGGAAUUGCUGAUGGAAGUAAGCUGGGCGAAAGUUGAGGCCGGAUUAAUCCCUGUCAUGGAAAACUUUUCAGGCCGAGGUAUAACCGUUGAUUUGCAAGCAUUAUUUCAAAGGUUUACUUUCGACACUAUAUGUGUUCUUACUUUAGGCCAUGACCCACAAACACUUUCUAUUGAUUUGCCCGACGAUCCGACCCAGAAGGCUGUAGACAUUAUUGAAGAGGCCAUAUUCAAAUUCAGUUGUUUGAGCAACUCUCCGACCAACGAACUCUGUUGUUUGAACAACUCUGCUGCCAUCGAACUCUAUUGUUUGAGCAACUCUGCUGCCAUCGAACUCUGUUGUUUGAGCAACUCUAUUGCCAUCGAACUCUACUGUUUGAGUAACUAUUCUGCCAGCAAGUUUUCAGUUUAUGACAGCUCUACUGUUAGCGAGUCUUCAGCUGAUAGCAUCUCUACGGAAUCUUCAUCCUCCUACGUAUUACUGCUGCUCUUCGUAAUCAGCUUGAUCAUCAGUGUAAUAAUUCCAUAUGUUAAUAGAAGCUUCAAAUGUUGGCAUACUACAGAUCCAAUCCCGACAUGCUGGCCAGUGGUCCGGAUGCUCCCGGCUCUUUUUCACAACUCCCGCCGCCUCCACGAAUUUGCCACCGACAUCCUAAUACUCACCGGCGGCACUUUCAAUAUCAAGGGCCCUUGGUUCGCCAACUCGGAUUUGCUCAUCACGUCCGAUCCGGCCAACAUACACCACAUCCUCAGCAGAAACUUUGCCAACUACCCGAAAGGCCCACAAUUCAGGAAGAUAUUCCAAGUUCUUGGAGACGGGAUUUUCAACGCCGAUUCAGAGAUAUGGGAAUAUCACAGGAAGACUACCAUGUCUUUCUUCAAUCAUGCCCAGUUCGGGGAAUUGCUGAUGGAAGUAAGCUGGGCGAAAGUUGAAGCCGGAUUAAUCCCUUUCAUGGAAAACUUUUCAGGCCGAGGCCGAGGUAUAACCGUUGAUUUGCAAGACAUAUUUCAAAGGUUUACUUUCGACACUAUAUGUGUUCUCACUUUAGGCCAUGACCCACAAACACUUUCUAUUAAUUUGCCCGACGAUCCGACCCAGAAGGCUGUAGAUAUUAUUGAAGAGGCCAUAUUGUACCGACAUAUAUUGCCCGAGAGCUUAUGGCGGUUGCAAAAAUGGCUCAGAGUUGGAAUGGAACGGAAGCUUGCAGAAGCAUCGACAACGGUUGAUAAUUUCUUCUACUCUUGUAUAGAAAAGUAUAAUAAUCCAAGUCAAUUCAGCGCAAUUGGUCUUUACUCAAAAGUGUACAAGGAAUAUUCAUUAUACUCGUCCUCCAAUGGAAAGAGUUUGGACGUGUUUCUUAGGGACACCUUGUUAAAUCUGAUGAUUGCUGGAAGAGACACCACAAGUUCAGCUCUAAGCUGGUUCUUUUGGCUGUUGUCAAGAAAUCCCCAAGAGGGGAAGAGAAUUCGAGAAGAGAUUGAAGCCAAAUUGAAUAUUACCAAAGGAGGGAGCUUGAAGGAUCUAAGCAGUCGAGAAUUGGGAGAGCUCGUGUAUCUUCAUGGAGCUUUAUGUGAGACCCUGAGGUUGUUCCCAUCUGUUGCUUUUGAACAUAAAUCGCCGCUACAGCCCGAUGUGCUGCCAAGCGGCGAAAGAGUGAUGCCGAAUACGAAGAUUGUGUUGUCUUUUUACUCGAUGGGGAGGAUGGAGAGUAUAUGGGGGAAGGACUUCAUGGAAUUCAAGCCGGAGAGAUGGAUCUCCGACAGUAAUAGGAACAGGAAUCUGCAUGUGCCGUCUUUCAAGUUCCCGGCGUUUAAUGCUGGGCCUAGGACAUGUUUGGGGAAAGAAAUGGCUUUUACACAGAUGAAGAUUGUGGCUUCUGUCAUAUUGCUUCGAUAUGAAAUUCAAGUUGUGGAAGAUCAUCCUGUAAUGCCGGCCUCUUCCAUUAUACUUCAUAUGAAGCAUGGCUUGAAGGUCAGGAUCACCCCAAGGGAUCGACCUCAAGUUGAUUGAAAUUAAUGAUU